AUGAAGUUGCUUACUGCUAAUUUUUUGACCUGUGCUGUCAAGGGCUGCAAAGCAGCAGCGUCGUCCUACCCACUGCAUUUUAAGGAUGCUGAACUCGAACUACAAGAGAUCGACUUUCAGCCGGAAUUCAUACACAAUAUUAUCCCACGAAUUGACUGGGAAGGUCUGCGCGUAAUGGCCAAUGAGCUGGGCUUCCCUAAGAUCCCUGAUUUGAAGCCUGAAGGCGAUGCACUCAAUGAUGAGCAGACAAUGAGAGAUCUUCACAGACUGCUACUAGAGACGCAUGUUGUGGAAGGAAGACUAUGCUGUGGCAACUGCGGUCAUGAGUAUAUGAUCAAGGAAGGAAUCGCUAAUUUCCUUCUGCCCAGCCAUCUGGUGUAA